ACCCUAACCAUCUCUGCCCUCUUCUCCACUUCCCCCAUCUCACCCCCAAGCUCGGCGCAACCUCUCUCGACGUGCUAAUGGCGGCGGCGGCGGCGGACUUCGCGGCGAGCAAGCGGGCCAUGGCCUACGCGCUCUGCAAGCACCUCAGCCUCGAUCCGAAUACAAUAUCCAGUACAAGUAUUGAAGAGAGUGAUAUUGCCACCCUGUUCUCACAUAUUGUGAAAUCGAGUGAAGAUGAGGUACUGAAAUGGGUUGAAUUUUCCAGCAAUUUUGUUGGAAAAUGUGGAGAACAGCAUGCAUUGCUUGGUAAUCUGAAUCAAGACUUGUCCCAGAAAUCAGUUCUGUUGGGUAAUGGUUUUAAACCAUCAGUUGCUGAUAUUGUUGUGUUUGCAACCAUACAAGUUUUUGUGAGUCAUCUUGGUGAAAACGAGUUGCAGAAAUAUCCACAUGUAUUGCGGUGGAUGGACUAUAUCCAGAACAUCGUUGAUUUUGGCACAACAGUACAAAAGGUUAACUUGACCAAAUCUGUCUUCGAUCCACCUUCUCAUCCAAAGAAGGCAGAUAAAGGUGACACUGAUCCAAGUUCAAAGAAAGUUGUUUCAGGACAGAAGAAUGUGGGCAAAUCGGAUGCAAAUGUUGAUUCCAAGAAAGCUGCACCAGAGAAUAAAGCUCCUGAGAAUAAGGCAAAUCCUACUCCAGCAAAAAAUAACAAACCUUCUGGGGAUAAAAAGAAAGCCCAGGAGAAAUCUGCAGGAAAACCAAAUGAGGGAGUUGCGGAUAAAGCUCCACAGAAAACUGCAGAAAAGGACUCAGAAUGCAAUGUCAGUAUCCUGAAUAUACAGGUUGGCCUUAUUCGCAAAGCAUGGAAGCACCCAUCUGCUGACAGCCUCUUGGUUGAGGAGAUAGAUUUGGGAGAUGGCAAUGUGCAUCAAGUUGUUAGUGGGCUUGCCAAGUUCUUCAGCCCAGAGGAACUUGUUAAUCGGCAUGUUGUAUUAAUCACGAAUGUGAAGCCUGGGAAGCUGCGAGACGUAAUGUCUGCCGGAUUGGUCUUGUGUGCUUCAAAUCAAGAUCAUACAGUUGUAGAGCCAUUGAUUCCUCCAGAAGGAGCUAAGCCUGGAGAGCGUAUUUCAUUUGCAGGGUUUGAUGGGAAGCCAGAAGAUGUUCUUAAUCCGAAGAAGAAACAGCUCGACAAGAUCACACCGGAUCUUCACACUGAUGGAAAUGGAAUUGCAACAUACCGAGGGGUACCCUUCACUACAUCUGCUGGUCCAUGUAGAUCUUCUGUUCCUAAUGCGAGCAUUAAGUGAGCAGUUAUUUUAACAGAUUCCAAACAUUGUUGUGCUAUAACACAUGCUAGGUGGAUGUACUAUUUCAUCUUGCAUCUUAUUACAUGCCCUAUCAACUGUUGUCAGCGUAGCGUCCAUCUACUGUGAUAUCUAAUAGAAAAUUUUGACUAGCCAAUGUGAAGAACAUUUGUAUUACCUUGCACCAAAUGCAAAAUCCUUCAUGAACACGGUUGUUUUCAGGCAGGA